UGGAGGGUGGAAGGGAGGUACGUGAGCUGCUGUUCAGAUAUUUGGAUUACCGGCGUCGCGAACACUUGGAUUUCUACCCGCGCUGCAGAGAAACAAUGUGUCGGUCACUACAAGUGCAAUCAUAAGAGGUCUGCAGUGACUCCAGUCGGCUGCUAUCCAGUCUGUCACUACCACCUUUGAAGUAGGCGCAAAUGCCAUGCCUGUAUAGAGACAAUCGUUGACCUCAGUAGAAUCUGCCUCCUCAUAACUUUCGAAGCAAGAGGAUCCACUCACCAUGGGAAACCAGCUGACGGAGAUCGCUCCCAACACACCCUUUUUGCCAAAUUUCCAGUCUUUGCACGUGGUCGUCAUUGGACUCGACUCUGCGGGAAAGACAUCCCUGUUGUACAGACUGAAGCUGCGUGAGUUCGUCAACACCAUACCCACCAAGGGCUUCAACAUGGAGAAGAUCAAGGUGGCAGUUGGCAGUUCGCGGGCCACCACCUUCCAGGUGUGGGACGUGGGCGGCCAGGAGAAGCUGCGGCCCCUGUGGAAGUCCUACACGCGGCGGACAGAUGGCAUGGUCUUUGUGGUGGACUCCACCGAGGCCGAACGCAUGGAGGAGGCCAAGGUGGAGCUGCACAAGAUCACCCGCACCUCAGAGAACCAGGGCGUGCCCGUGCUGGUGCUGGCCAACAAGCAGGACUUGCCCUCUGCUCUGUCGGUGGCCGAGGUGGAGAAGGUUCUGGCCCUCCACGAACUGAGCGCCUCCACCCUGCACCACACGCAGGGUUGCAGUGCCGUCGAUGGCCAGGGCCUUCAGCCUGGGCUGGAGAAACUGUACGAAAUGAUCCUGAAGAGGAAGAAGAUGCUCAGACACAGCAAAAAGAAGAGAUGAGCGGGGACCUUGCCCAAGGUCGAGUGCUCAAUAGACCUCUUCUGCUGCAUCUUAUGCUCCUUUAAAAGGAAGGGACUUGUGGCAGCCCCUAAAGGGACACUUUGUGAUGGCCAUGGGGUCAGGACAAAUUAGUCUGUUAUGAGGCGUUGCAACAUUGGACCUCUUUUCUGUGGCUAAUAUUUACCAUGCUGCAGCCGUUCGUAUACAAGGAAUAUAUAUGACUGCUUUAGCAGGCUGUAGCAUCAACAGAACUUUGCCCAGGUAUCCAGGAAGUCAGAAAGACCUUCCCUUAUUUUCUUUUGUGCAAACCGCUGGACUGAGGUUCAUAAUUUGGCAAGAUAGUGAUUUUGCAGAAAUCACAAGAAAACCAAGUCUGGGUUUACCAUGGUGCCAUGCUCAAAUAGCACUGUUUGAUGGCAUUAGUGCCAGUGCUAAGCAAGAAGGAGUACACUUGCUCUGCAAGCCGCCAUAGAAGUUGUUGUUUAUUCUGGUAGUUGCUUGCUUAAUGUCUGAGGUGCAAUCCUGCCACACCACAGAGUUUGACAUGUAGCAGUUAUAAUGGACCUGUUUUUACAAUCUGUACAUAUUUUUUUUGUAAUGCUUAUGAGUGAAUAAAUUAUUGAAGACUGGCACGCACAUUGUCUAAAAGACCCAUUUUUUCUGCUGCCACCCCUCAGGCAGUUUCUGUAUCCCUUCUGUGAAACUAAUAAA